AUUCUCCACAAUGCUAUCCAAUGGGACAUACGAAAGGCGGGACCUAUGUCAAUCUUUUUUCCCCCAUUUGUCCAAUUAUAUAUCUAUUUGUACUCAGUUCCAUCCCACUUAGUCUUCAACCCAAGGAUUGGUUUCUCUGUUCUUUGUUCCUGGCUCGUGAUUGGUUUUUUUCCUCAUUCCGCCCCUCUCUUCUAGCUCUUGCAGGCGGGAUUAGCACGCAGCUUCCUGCUCUUUCCAAAAAUAAAAAAAUAAAAAAAAAAUAAAAGAAGAAAAAGAAAAGAGGAGAGAGGCGAAAGAAAAAAAAAAAAAGUCACGGAGAUUUUUGAUUUUUAAUUGGCUUUCAGUCUUGUCGGUCAGGCCAAGAUUUGCCUUUUUAUUGGUCUGUCUGUCUGCCCAUCCUGAACCGGGGGCGGGAUUUCCCCAGGAGACCCACACCUGGUUGCCACUGGUCGACCAGUGCGCCUGUCUGAAGCUUCCGGCCAGGGAUUGGAGGCGGACGCGGACAGGUGGGCGUGGAUUGGCUAGGGCAGCCGGUCAGUGUGAGGCGGGGGCGGGGCCUCGGCGGCUGGUUGCGCGUGUCCGCCGCUGGCUCCGCUCUAUCCGGCUUUGCUAGGGGAGGUGAGUCCGGCCGCGGCGGCACCGGCGGCUGAGAAGGCGGCGGCUGAAGAGAAAGCGGUCACGGCGGCUGUGGAGAAAGCGACCGUGGGCACGGAAGCCGGGUGGGGGGGAGGGGGGGAGACGGAGCAGCCUUGAGCCCUGCAGGGGCCGUCGCGCGGGGGACCCACCCGCUCUCCCCCCCAACCCUCCUCAGCACAAGCCGGCGGCGGCGGGGGCAGGAGUCAGCCUGCUUCCGACCGUCCCCCGCCCGCUUCCCGGGGCUCCUAUUCUUUGGCCCCGGGACCCUAACCUCCUCCGGGGCGGUUCCCUGUGUCUGGGCGUCCGAGUACUGCCCACCGCUCUUUCAUUCCCUCCCUGCACCUUCUUCCCUUCACUUUUGCCGGGGUUUUCUCUCUCCUCUUCUGUCCUGCCUGUCGCCUCUUCGCCUCACUCUCUUCCUCCAGCCUCCUUCCCUGGCUCAUUCUGCCUAGGAAAGUUUGGUACAUCUCCUCAGUCCCCCCAAUCAGGUCAACCAGACUCGGAGUAGGGGGCGAUGUAGGAAGGCCUGAGAGUUCGAGGGGAGGGAAGCUGGAAGCUGGUUUCCCUGAUAAUUUCCCCUCAUCUUUUUUGAUUUAGAGUGGUUGGAAUUUUUUUUUAAUUGUGUUUUUGAGGAGGUGGGAGGUGUUUAGAAAAGGAUGUGGGAAUGGAAGGGGUAGAUGAGUCAACCCUCUUACAAGAUUCCAAGGGUGGCGUGUUACCAGAUCCUUUUCGUGUGCGGAGUUCAGGGGGUCGGGAGGUUUGGCCUUUAUUCCCACAUUCAAAGUUGGAACCUCCCCCCCAUUAAGAAUGGAGUUUUAGUAUCCACUUGUGGCAGGAAUCCUGGGGGGAAGGGGCCCUUUUCCCUUUUUCUUUUCCUUUUUUUUUUCUUCUUAUUUUAUGUUCUUAACUUUUAUUUUGACAACCCAUACCCUUCCACACACUCUCACCCCCAAAUCGAACACCCAAGAUUGUCAAACUUGUCUGGAUUGACCGAUGAAGACAUAAAGCCAGUUCCGCUCUAUGUUUUUUGAGGUGGAGUGAGUGGUUUUUCUUCAUUUUUUUAAAUGGCCAAAUGACAGCUUGACCCAGUUUGCUUUCCAAUCAAAGGGCAUUUUUUUGAAUGUCUCUUUGUGGCACAAGAGCCAACGCAAAAAUGAUGGCGGCUUACAAUGGCGGUACAUCUGCAGCUGCAGCAGGUCACCACCACCACCAUCAUCACCACCUUCCACACCUUCCUCCUCCUCACCUUCACCACCACCACCACCCUCAACACCACCUUCAUCCGGGGUCGGCUGCUGCCGUACACCCAGUCCAGCAGCAUACGUCUUCGGCAGCUGCGGCAGCCGCCGCAGCAGCUGCAGCCGCAGCCAUGUUAAACCCUGGGCAACAACAGCCAUAUUUCCCAUCCCCGGCACCGGGUCAGGCUCCUGGGCCAGCCGCAGCAGCCCCAGCUCAGGUACAGGCUGCUGCAGCUGCUACAGUUAAGGCGCACCAUCAUCAGCACUCGCAUCAUCCGCAACAGCAGCUGGACAUUGAGCCGGAUAGACCAAUUGGAUAUGGAGCCUUUGGCGUUGUCUGAUGGACUCGUCAGGAAUUUCAAAGAACUGUUUUAAAAAUGAGGAAAUACAGUUCGGGAACUUGGUGGCGCGGGUGCUUAGGAGACGGAGAUGAAAAGGAGCGCGAGCUGUGACGGGGCUGUAACCACGAGGACAGCAAGAGCUUGGAAGCAAAGAGCACCACUAUUGAGGACCUGAAGGAUCCCCAAGCUAACACUGGGACUUCAGAGACAGGGAACAUCACUGUAGUAACUACAAAUGUCAGUAACAGAUCCAAGAGAUGGAAAGAGAGUAGCACUCAAAAAGAUGCCCAACGUCUUCCAGAAUCUGGUCUCUUGCAAAAGAGUCUUCCGGGAAUUGAAGAUGUUGUGUUUUUUUAAACAUGAUAAUGUACUCUCUGCCCUUGACAUACUCCAACCUCCACACAUUGACUAUUUUGAAGAAAUAUAUGUUGUCACAGAAUUGAUGCAGAGUGAUCUACAUAAAAUUAUCGUCUCUCCUCAGCCACUCAGCUCGGAUCAUGUCAAAGUUUUUCUUUAUCAGAUUUUGCGAGGUUUGAAAUAUCUCCAUUCAGCUGGCAUUUUGCAUCGAGACAUUAAGCCAGGGAACCUCCUUGUGAACAGCAAUUGUGUUCUAAAGAUUUGUGAUUUUGGAUUGGCCAGAGUGGAGGAAUUGGAUGAAUCCCGUCAUAUGACUCAGGAAGUAGUUACUCAGUAUUACCGGGCUCCGGAGAUCCUGAUGGGCAGCCGUCAUUACAGCAAUGCUAUCGACAUCUGGUCUGUCGGGUGCAUCUUUGCAGAGCUACUGGGCCGAAGAAUAUUGUUUCAGGCGCAGAGUCCCAUUCAGCAGUUGGAUUUGAUCACAGAUCUGUUGGGCACACCAUCACUGGAAGCAAUGAGGACAGCUUGUGAAGGUGCUAAGGCACACAUACUCAGGGGUCCUCAUAAACAGCCAUCUCUUCCUGUGCUCUACACCCUCUCCAGCCAGGCCACACAUGAAGCUGUUCACCUGCUUUGCAGGAUGUUGGUCUUUGAUCCAUCAAAAAGAAUAUCCGCUAAGGAUGCCUUAGCCCACCCCUACCUAGAUGAAGGGCGGCUGAGAUACCAUACGUGUAUGUGCAAGUGCUGCUUUUCCACCUCAACGGGGAGAGUCUACACCAGUGACUUUGAGCCUGUCACCAACCCCAAAUUUGAUGACACCUUUGAGAAGAACCUCAGCUCUGUCCGACAGGUUAAAGAAAUUAUCCACCAGUUCAUUCUGGAACAGCAGAAAGGAAACAGAGUGCCUCUCUGCAUCAACCCGCAGUCCGCUGCCUUUAAGAGCUUUAUUAGUUCCACCGUCGCUCAGCCGUCUGAGAUGCCGCCGUCUCCUCUGGUGUGGGAGUGACUGUGGAAGACACUGUACUACUGAAGAUGUAAUGUAGCUUUCACUGGAGUCUGGGAUUUGCAAUUCUGGAGGGUUAAUCAUGCUUGUACUGUAAUUUUACUAAUGAAGUUUUAAAUUAACAACCACUACUUGUAUGAUAUGAAUAAUAUUUAGAAAUGUUACUAGACUUUUAAUCUUGUAAAGUGGUUGUGCUUUUAGAAGAAAAAAAAAUAUUUUACCCAGAGUUGCACAUGGUUAAAGAAUUCAGUGCAGCUGUUGCGGCUCACCUCAGAACAAAUGAAAAUUGAACCAAAUUUGGGCAUUUGGGGUUUAUGUUUUUAUUUUAUUAUUAUUUUUUUUAAUGAAGUAAGAUUGUUCACAUGUAUACACUCAGACACAGAGGACAGUCAUACAUUUUGAUAUUUGAGCCAUUCCUAAAGAUUAAGGGUUUUCUAAAACUAAAGAAUCUAGAAAGCUUGCCAGUGACCAAUCAUGGAGCCUCGUGAGCUAACUGUGGCCGCGCCUGGGGCAUGGGCAGGAGGGGCCACCUAAUGAUGAAGCCAGUGAUUGGCUUCUCAUUAGAGCCGUGCUGGUGGUGUGUGCGGUCUAACCUCCAAUGCUGUGCGUAGAAAGAAUGAGUUUGUGGCUAGGAGAAACUAACCCUCUGUUUCCCUUACCCGGUAUAAAUAUAUAUAUACAUAUAUAUAUUUAAUCUAUUUUUAUUAGAAGUUUUUCUGCUCUUUCUUACAUAAAAAAAAAAAAAGACCCAAGCAUGCAUCUUUCAUGUAUGUAAAUAAUUCAUUUCUGGGCUAAUUUCAAAAGAAUCCCAACACUGCUGUAUAGAGAACUAGCUUGCACAUUUUAGGUCUGUGAAAUUCUGUGAGACUUUUCCUGCACUGGACAGUGAAAAAUAAUAAAUAAAAGACAAAAAGAAAUUUUAAAAAAAAUUACAGCCACAAAGGCACAUAGGGAAUCAUGUCAAAUGUGUUUGUGUCCUUAGGCAAAGCUGUGGGAGUCUUGAGAUGUCACAGUAGUAAAUAACUUAUUACUUUUUUGACAAAUUCUUUUUCCUGCUGGAACACUGAACUCUGUGCAUAUGUAAAUAUGAGCACCAAUCGAAGGCCUCUACCUCCUGGAGUUACACAACUUGGCUUGUUACCUCCACACGCUGAUGAUGACUCUUUUUUUUUUUUUUUAAGUUCAAUGUGGAGACUUGAAACUUGAAUGUCCCUUCCAACUUUUAUAUUAAAAAUAAAAAGACAAGAAAAUUGAAGAGCGUUUUUCACCUGUACGAGGAGUACUAACGGAUCGUCUUAAAACUGGUCUAGGAAAAAGCUUGGUGUGUGUGUUACGGACAAUUAACUGUUAAAGUUACUGUAAGUUAUCUGUAUUUAGCAGAGUAUUUUCAUCUUGAGUGAUCUGAGCUGAAUUUGAAGACUAUUAAGUUAUAUUUGGAAGUUUUAACUUCAAUGAAGUAAUUAUUUGCUGUGAAAGAAACAAACAUUGAAUUACUAAACAAAGAUGGUGCAAUAUCUUUGUUGUCGUUGUUGUUGUUGUUGUUUUUAUGAGGCUCCUGAGAAGCUACCCAACCGAAGCAUUUCAGUCCCCUUGACUGAGCAUCAAAAGAGCCCGAGAAGACACUGGUGUGAAAGGUUGGUGUGAAAGGUACAAUCUCAGAGGUCGGUCAGUUACCGUGGCACACUUCCUGGUCACUUUGUACAAUGUAGAUUUGAAGUACAGUGGUGAGAACAUUAAACGUGACAUUUGAAAACAA